UAUAUCACAAGGCUACAGGUGCCUUUAUUUCCACUGUAGCCGGUGCUGCGGGGAGCGCCUGCCUUCUCUUGCCUUGAGAGCCUCCUCUUUGGACCUAGCCACCGCUGUCCUCACGGUGAUGUUGGACUCAGUGACACACAGCACCUUCCUGCCCAGCGCCUCCUUCUGCGACCCCCUGAUGUCGUGGACAGAUCUGUUCAGCAACGAAGAGUAUUACCCUACCUUUGAACAUCAAACAGCGUGUGACUCCUACUGGACCUCUGUCCACCCCGAGUACUGGACCAAGCGCCAUGUGUGGGAAUGGCUCCAGUUCUGCUGUGACCAGUAUAAGCUGGAUGCUAAUUGCAUCUCCUUCUGUCACUUCAACAUCAGCGGGCUGCAACUGUGCAGCAUGACGCAAGAGGAGUUCAUCGAGGCGGCAGGCGUCUGCGGAGAGUACCUGUACUUCAUCCUCCAGAACAUCCGCACGCAAGGUUACUCCUUUUUCAAUGAUGCUGAAGAGACUAAGGCCACCAUCAAGGACUAUGCUGACUCCAGUUGUUUGAAAACAGGUGGCAUCAAAAGCCAAGACUGCCAGGGUCACAGUCGGACAAGCCUCCAAAGCUCUCACCUCUGGGAAUUUGUGCGAGACUUGCUCCUCUCCCCUGAAGAAAACUGCGGCAUUCUGGAAUGGGAAGAUAGGGAACAAGGCAUUUUUCGGGUGGUUAAAUCAGAAGCCCUGGCCAAGAUGUGGGGACAACGGAAGAAAAAUGACAGGAUGACGUACGAAAAGUUGAGCAGAGCUCUGAGAUACUACUACAAAACAGGAAUUUUGGAACGGGUGGACCGAAGGUUAGUGUACAAAUUUGGAAAAAAUUCACACGGGUGGCAGGAAGACAAGCUAUGAUCUACUCCAUGCGUCAAGCUUACUGUACGGAUUUUUGUCUUUUAAAACAAUCAGAUUGCAAUAGACGUUUGGACGUCCUUUCUUUCUUUUUUUCUUUUUUAAAACAUACAAAUGUGCUGAUAAAAUGUCCCCACCUCUCAGGUCACAUUUAGGUACAGAGCUGUUGCUGUCUACUUGGGGAGGGGGUGGUAGCAG